GGCAGAUGCGGAUCUGGUUGAGUUAGUGUUAGGAAGCAGCGACUGAUUCCACUGACUAAAACUCUUUAGAUUUACGCUUUACACACAGUAUUUUUAGACUAUUCUCAGUGUACACACAUUGUGUCCAUAAUUAUCAAUUUAACCUAAUAUUUAAAUUAAAAUUAAUCUUAUAUAAUUUUUGUUGAAAUAUUAAUCAAUGUCUACAACAACUGAGCGCAGUGGCUCUGAGAGCGUGCCUGUCGCGCGAGCGGCCUGGGCUUCGAAAGCAUCGAGCUUCGAAAGAAUCGAUAUGAGCAAAGAAAAGAAUGACAACAGCCCAGCAGACAAAGGGAAGAAGGGGAAAGCGGUACAUGUCUUCUUCCAUAAGCUGUGCGCGUCUGUGAAGCGUCCAGACAGAGUGCUGCGUCUCCCAGCACAGACGGAUGCUCAUCUGGACGACCCUGAGGUGAUGGCUGUCCCGGGUCCUUCAACCAUUCCUGAUCUGCUGUGUCUGCCGGGUCAGGUGUGUGCAGAUCCGGAGCACUCCUCUGGGAUCAGAGAGCCAAAGCUUCAUCCAGAUCCAUUUGCUCUCAGUCUCUGUCACAAAGAAGCUAAGAAAGGAAGGAAGAGGAAAGCGGUCCGUGCCUUCUUCCGGAGAGCAUGCAAGGCUGUGAAGCAGCUCUUCUCUUGCUGCGACUCGGAAAGAGUCCAGCCUCCUAAAGCAGAGCCGGAUCUGGACCCAUCCCAGCUCGUUCUGCCAGAGCAGGACCAGGACUCUGCAGACCUCCAGUCAUCUCCUGAGGAAGAAGGUCCCUCUGAGAUCCAGGCCCAGGAUGAAGAUCUGUCCGGUCCAGAGUCGGGUUCAGAGUCCGGUCCAGUGACUGGUUCAUGGUCGAUCGUGUCAGAAACGGGUUCAGUGUCAAUCGUGUCAGAAAUGGACACAGUGUUGCCUGAUCCGGAAAUCGAGCUAGCUCAAGGAUCCUUUGUGUCUUUGUUCGAAGUGGGACAUCUGAUCGCAUCAGGGAACUUCAGCAAGGUCUAUGAGGGAACACACGCAUUCAGCGACAAAGUGAAGGUUGCUCUGAAGUGUAUCCCCAAGCGCCGAGCAGACCGCUAUCUUGAUGUUCCUGGUCACUCCAAGCCUUUGCUCGCUGAAGUGGCUCUGAUGCUGCGGCUGGGAGAAGCUCCAUCGUGCCUCAACAUCUUGGAGCUACACCAGUGGCUGGAGGACGAGAGCAGCUUCACUCUCAUCUUGGAGUACCCUGAACCCUGCAGGACCUUGGAGGAUUACAUCUUGUUCUCCGGCCCCUUUAGUGAGGCACAAGCACACUUGUUUAUGCUUCAGGUGCUUAAAGCAGUCAAACACUGCCAUGAGCGUGGAGUUUAUCAUGGUGAUAUCCGCUCGAGGAACAUCCUGGUGACUCUCUACAGUCUGGAGCUUAAGCUCUUCAACUUCCGCUGCGCUCGUCUUAUCAACAGCGAGGGCUUUGACAGCAGCCAAUACCAAGGAUCAGACGCAUACACCCCUCCUGAGGUCCUCGGCCUGUCCAUGUUCCACGCCGCAGCAGCAGACGUCUGGGUGCUAGCUGUCCUCCUCUUCGAGAUUAUUCACAGAUAUCUGCCCUUCGAAAGCUUUGAUGCCAUUCUGCACGGCUACCUCAGGAUGGAUCCCACCUUAUCCACAGCGUGCUGUGACCUGAUCUUCCACUGCUUGAGCCGUAAUCCAUCUCACCGGCUGACGCUCCAGCAGCUGGAAGAGCACCGCUGGAUGAAAACCUAGAUUGGAAGAAGGCAGGGAUCCUGAUCUGGAUCAGACAGUGCUUUAUUUAUUAAAAAUAUUUUGAAUCAAACCAGUGAUAAUUUAAUUGCCAGUGCAGGAAGUCAAAGUGAUGAACGAGUCUUUCUCAUUGCACUACACUCAUCACAAUGAAGUGCAUCCAUCUGAACAGACACACGGUUUGUGGGUGUAGGAAAUAGUUCUGUGCUGUUUGAUUUAUGAUUGCCUUAAACAUUACUAAUGUCCAUCAUGAGACAAAACAAGGGCAUUGAUAUAUUUUAAGUUUAAUUAAUUAAUUUUAAGUUUACUUUUCAGCUGAAACAGCUCAGACUUACAUUUUAGUCUGGGUCCAGGCUUAAGAGUUGUCUGUGAAACUGCUUGAUUUAACCCUCAUGCAUCCUUCAAAUAGCAUCCCUUUACUGGACCUUUGUGGAAAAAUUUAAUUACUAAGGAGGUCUAAUGUGUGAUCCCAAUUAGUUU